AUGGAGGCCUCCAGGGUGACCAUGCUGCAGCUGGCCGACCUGGCCAUCGGCACCCCGGAGGUGGGCGCGGUCAACUUCAACGCCCUUCACACACUCAUGGUGGCCCUCCUCAGGAGGCUCAACCUCCACCACACCGAGGUGGACUACUCCCGGAGCGGGGAGACGCCCAGGUCCUCCAUCAGCAUGCCCUCGUUGGCCCCCACCCGGGAGAGGAAGAAGAGCUUGCCGAGGGCGGCCCCCCAGGCGUUGGAGAGCCAGGUGAAGGUGCUCGGCGAGCAGAUGAAGGACGUCAAUGAGCAGGUGGUCGAUUUUGGCAAACAGCUCAAGACCAUGGAGACCCAAAUGCAGGGCGUCAUUGGUCACGUGCAGCACCUAACAGCCCCUUGGCUCCAAAAGACGGAGCCAGACCAAGAGUGGCUGGAGAAGGGGAUGGCUAUUAUGAUGCCCGAGAAGGCCUGGGCCACGGCUGAGCCUGAGAAGACACAGAAGAUGCCCAGACCUGAGACCACAAAGCCGGUGGCCGCUCUGGGGCCUGACCAGAAGCCGGUGGCCGCUCUGGGGCCUGACCAGAAGCCAGUGUUCCCCCCUGGGGCUGAGAAGAAGUUGACAGAUUUGAUGUCCGAGAUGAAGCCAGGAAUCCCAUUAGUACCCGAGAAGUUGGUAACAACCAUGAAGCCUGAGCAGUCCGUGUCCGAAAUGAAACAAGAGAUGCCACAGCGGGAGGCGUGGGGAGCCAUCAAGGAGGACACAAACGUGGAGGCCAGGGUCAAUCAGGCCAUGAAUCUGCUCCAGGAUGUCAUACAAGAAGUUCAGGUCCUGAAGGAGAACAUAAAGGCUCAGGAGAUGAAGCCUGAGAUGGCCCUGGAAAAGCGAAUUGAGAACCUGGAGAAGCACAUCAAGGAUCGUUCCCAAGUCCUGGACCAAGUGGGCCAGAGCAUGAGCAUGAUCCCUGUGGGAGAAGACGCCACCAUGGUCACUUGGGAAGAGCUGGAGCAGGCCAUCACGGACGGCUGGAAGGGUUCCCAGGUGACCCCAGAAACAGCAACGGCAGCUAAGCUCAGAAUGCAGAGUCCUUUGGCAUCAGUUGAUAUGGGCGGUGGGUCCUUUGUGAAGCGGCCAAGCUUCGAUGCUGCUGCUAGUGCUGGCCUGCCCGUAUCGGGACCCAGUGGCGCAGUCUAUGAGAAGACGCCCGGCCGGGACCACCAGCAUGGGUUGGUUCAGCCUGGUGUGGUACAGCCUGGUGCAGACCAGCAUGGGUUGGUUCAGCCUGGUGUGGUGCCGCCUGGAAUAGACCAGCAUGGGUUGGUUCAGCCUGGUGUGGUGCAGCCUGGAAUAGACCAGCGUGGGUUGGUUCAACCUGGUUUUGUGCCACCUGGUGCCGACCAGCGUGGGUUGGUUCCGCCUGGUGUGGUGCCACCUGGUGCAGACCAGCAUGGGUUGACUCAGCCUGGUGUGGUGCCACCUGGUGCAGACCAGCGUGGGUUGAUUCAGCCUGGUGUGGGGCAGCCUGGUGUGGUGCCGCCUGGAAUAGACCAGCAUGGGUUGGUUCCGCCUGGUGUGGUGCCGCCUGGUGCAGACCAGCGUGGGUUGGUUCAGCCUGGUGUGGGGCAGCCUGGUGUGACCAGCGUGGGUUGGUUCCGCCUGGUGUGGUGCCGCUUGGUGCAGACCACCGUGGGUUGGUUCAGCCUGGUGUGGUGCCACCUGGUGCAGACCAGCGUGGGUUGCUUCAACCUGGUGUGGUACCACCUGGAGGAGACCAGCGUGGACUGGUUCAACCUGGUGUUGGCCAGCAUGGUACAGCCUGGGGCAGACCAGCAUGGCUUGGUUCAACCUGGUUUGGUGCCGCCUGGCAUAGAUCAGAGUGGUUUGCUUCAGCCUGGCUUGAUACAGCCUGGUGUAGACCAGCAUGGUCUGAUUCAACCUGUUUUGACACAACCUGGUACAGACCAGCGUGGCUUAAUUGAACCUGGUUUGAUGCAGCCCGGUGUAGACCAACGUGGCUUGGUGCAGCCUGUCUUGGUGCAGCCAGGAACAGAUCAACGUGGAUUGGUACAGCCUGGCACAGACCAACGUGACUUUGUCCAACUUGGCCAGCCUGGUACAGACCAACGUGGUUUGGUGCAGCCUGGUGCUGUUCAGCAUGGUUUGGUGCAGCUUGGUGCAGACCAGCGUGGUUUGGUUCAACCAGGUGCAGAUCAGCCUGGUGCAGACCAACGUGGUUUGGUGCAGCCUGAUGCAGACCAGCGCGGUUUUGUGCAACCAGGUACAGGCCAGCCUGGUUUGGUUCAACCAGGUGCACAUCAGCUUGGCUUGGUUCAACCAGGUGUAGGCCAGCCUGGCCAGGGUGCCACCGUCAUCAGGGGCGAGUCCUCUGGCAUGCUGUACAGAAGCUCAACAGAAAUGAUGGACACAGUUAGUGAGGUUCACAGCUCUCUGGAAAAGUUGGCCCCAAGCUUUCCAAUCGCUGUGGAGACACUUCGUUUGAUCGGUGAGCUCAUUGGCCUCUACUUGGAGGUAAAGGAGAACAUGAAGGAUUUGGAGGAGCAGCAGCCUGGCCUAACGGAUCUGGAGAAGUUCCAGCACAUGAUUGCCAUGAUGGUCAAAAAAAGCAUACCCCCUGAACUGCAGGAAGAAGUGAAGAUCAUCAAGUCCUUGGCCAAAGAAAUUCGGCAGGAAAAAUCAAAACUGGACAGGAUACAAAGGAUCUUGGAGGGUGAAGGAGUUCGAGAAACCGGGAAGGAGAUGAAAUCUAGCCAGCUUGGCUUGCAGCUAGGCAUCCUCAGAGUCAAUGUUGCUGACAUUGAGAAGGAGCUGGCCGAGCUGAAGGAGAGCCAGGAGCAGGGCAAGAUCAGCAUGGAAAACUCAGUGUCCGAGGCCACGCUUUACCUCCAGGACCAGCUGGACAAGCUCAGGAUUAUCAUCGAGAACAUGCUGACCUCCUCCUCCACACUGCUGUCCAUGAGCUUGCCCCCGCCCUCCAAGAGCCGAGUGCUUCGCUUGUCACCUAAACAGAUUGAUCCUGAGGCCACCUGCCCUGCCUGCAGCGUGGACUUGGGCCACCAGGUCAGCCUGCUGGUGCAGCGCUACGAGCAACUCCAGGACAUGGUCAACAACCUGGCUGCCUCGCGGCCCUCCAAGAAAACCAAGCUCCAGAGCCAGGACGAGGAGCUGCUGGGUCACGUGCAGAGCGCCAUCUUGCAGGUGCAGGGCGACUGCGAGAAGCUCGUCGCCACCACCAACAACCUCCUCGAUGACCACCAGCAGAAACAGAAGGACAUCAACGUGCUGUACCAGGGGAUAGAGAAGCUGGAGCGGGAGAAGGCCAACAGGGAACACCUGGAAAUUGAGAUGGAUGUGAAAGCGGACAAGAGCGCGCUAGCGAGCAAAGUGAGCCGUAUCCAGUUUGAUGCCACCACAGAGCAGCUGAACCACAUGAUGCAGGAGCUGGUGGCCAAGAUGACCGGGAAGGAGCAGGACUGGCAGAAGAUGGUGGACAAGCUCCUGAUAGAGAUGGACAGCAAGCUGAACCGCCUGGAACUGGAACCAGUGAAGGAGCUGCUGGAGGACCGCUGGAAAUCGCUGAGGAAGCAGCUCAAAGAGCGCAGUCCACUCUACCUGGCUGAUGAGGCGGCGGUCAUGCGGAGGCAGCUCUUGGCACACUUCCACUGCCUCUCCUGUGACCGUCCUUUGGAGACACCUGUGACCGGACAAAUGAUCCCCGUGACCCCUGUAGGGCCAAGCCUGCCUGGGCACCGGUCCACUCGGCCCUAUACCAUCUUUGAACUGGAGCAGGUCCGGCAGCAGAGCCGCAGCCAAAAGAUGGGCAGUGUCUUCCCACGGAGCGAGCUGGGGCAGGUGGAGCGGAGUGUGGGCCGCCUGAAGACCAUGCACUCCAAGAUGCUCAUGGACAUCGAGAAGGUGCAGAUCCACUUCGGGGGCUCGGUCAAGGCCAGCGGCCAGAUGAUCCGAGAGCUGCUGCAGGCUCACUGCUUCAGUUCUCCCUGCUACAAGCGGGUGACGGACAUGUCCGACUACACCUACUCGUCCAUGCCCCGGCGCUGCGGGGGCAGCCACACCCUCACCUACCCGUACCGCCGCAGCCGCCUGCAGCACCUGCCACAUAGCACGUAUCCCACCGAGGAGAUCCAGACGGCCAUGAAGGAUGACGAGGUGGACAUCUUGGGUCUGGAUGGACAUAUUUACAAGGGACGGAUGGAUACACGGCUGCCGGGCAUCCUGACCAAAGAUCACAUAGGGGCAGCAAAGAACAAGUCCAAGCAGUCCCGGCUCUACAUGCAGCGCCAGCCAGCCAUGAACAGUGCCAGCCAGCCACUGAACCGGCCUCAGAGCGCACAUCUACUGGCUGCCAGCAACUCAGGCAGGUCCCAGUACCUGGCGUGGGGCCCACAGAAGCAGUGCCACCAGCCAGAGGCGUUCUGCCAACUGAGAAGGCUGCUGUUGCUACCCUGCAAGGGGCAACUCUGGAGACAGCUGGCCAAAGGCCUCCUCAUCCCCUGGGCAGCCCUGGCAGAGCAGUUCAGGGCCGAGGCUGCCAUGGCCACUGCGAAGCCAUGA